CCCCUUAACUGAACACAAAGUUUUGACGUCUUCCAACAAACAAACCAUCUGUCAUCCCACAUUUCCGUUUAGCUCUACUUUUUCCACUUUUAAAGCAACAAGUGUUGUAGGCUUGCAGCGACAGCUUGUCUUUAUAUUCUUUUCCCACACGCACACACACAAACACACAAAAAAAAAAAGAGAAAAAGAAAUGGCAACGACAUAUUAACUGCCGUUCCGUGAACCGUGGCCGAACAUUGUGCCACCGCCGCGACACCGGACUGAGAUGAUCGUGUCCAACGUGAGCCUGAGCGGCUGCGCGGGGGUCAACAGCGCUCUGUGUGCCGUAGCCGGGGAAGGGCACCUGGGGGGAGGCUCGCACCGGACCACCCUCACCCCGACGGGGAACCUUGUAGUGGCCGUGUGCCUGGGCUUCAUCGGCACUUUUGGACUUUUGAACAACCUGCUGGUGCUCGUGCUCUUCUGCCGCUACAAGAUGCUGCGGUCUCCCAUCAACCUGCUCCUGAUUAACAUUUCCAUCAGCGACCUGCUGGUGUGCGUACUGGGGACUCCGUUCAGCUUCGCGGCCAGCACUCAGGGUCGGUGGCUCAUAGGAGAAGGGGGAUGCGUGUGGUACGGCUUCGCCAACUCCCUCUUUGGCAUUGUGUCCCUCAUCUCCCUGGCUGUCCUCUCCUAUGAACGCUACAGCACCAUGAUGGCUCCCACUGAGGCGGACCCCUCCAACUACCGUAAGAUCUCCCUGGGCAUCGCCCUGUCCUGGGUCUACUCCCUCAUCUGGACCUUGCCGCCACUCUUAGGUUGGAGCCAAUACGGCCCUGAAGGUCCUGGGACCACCUGCUCUGUCGACUGGACAGCCAAGACAGCAAAUAACAUCUCUUACAUCAUCUGCCUGUUUGUCUUCUGCCUCAUCAUACCGUUCCUGGUGAUCGUGUUCUGUUAUGGGAAGCUGCUGUGUGCCAUCAGACAGGUGAGUCAAUGUGGGAAUGAGGAAGACUUGCACUAA